AUGGCCGACAAAUCAACGGAAGUUGAAAAAGCCAUCGAUCCCGUCAUUGACUUGGGUAACCUGCUGUUUAUUGAUCGAGACCCGAUUCAGGGAGAUCCAAAGUAAUUUGAGUCUUCUGCUUCCACUUUCUAACAAUUUUUAUUUAGCGAGGGAAUGGAAGAACGCGCCAGGAAAAGUACACAACUCCUGUUCAACAACAUCUGGCAGUUGGAGCAGAAGCGUGUGGAUGAUGCUGUCACUGUGGCUCUUCCCACUGCCACGUACCGUCUUCCGCGAGAGAAACGUCUUCCGGAGAAGAAGGAGCCUACAAAGUGGGAGAAGUACGCUGCCGAGAAGGGUAUCACGACGAAGAAGAAGAAGGACAAGAAGGUGUGGGAUGAGGCGACGAAGGAAUGGAAGCCGACUUACGGAUAUCGACGUGGAAAUGACGACACCAAGGACUGGCUUAUUGAAAUUCCGGAUAACGCUGAGGAUCCGAACAAGGAUUUCUUCGCAGAGAGACGCGAGAAGAAGAAGGAACGUGUUGCAAAGAACGAAAUGCAGAGAAUGAAGAAUCUGGCGCGUCAAAUGAAGACGACAGUGAAGAGUGGUCCAUCGACAGAGAAAAUGAUCGGAGUGGGUGUCGAUGCCAAGGAAAAGACGAAGCAGCAAGUGCGAUUUGCUGUCGACCGUGCCAAGUUAGCCACUGCUUCUGCUGGAAAGUUCCAGGAGGGACUGAAGGGAGAAAAGGUCAACGUGAAGACUGGAAAGAAAAGAAAGUUCGAGGCCAACGAGGCCCCAGUUUCCGGAGAAAAGGAGCGCGCUCUCCAGAUUCUGCAAAAGAUGAAGGCAAAGAAGGCCAAAAUCGUCGAAGAGAAGGUGGCUGCCGUGGCAGGACCCGCAAGAGAGUAAGCUGAAAGUAUCUGUGCAGAUAAGUACUUGUGUUUUAGGCAACGGGAAAAGAAGGAGAAGAAGGGAGCGAAAGGACAAACCCGUCAGAAGAGUCAGAUUCACAGACAGCAGUGGUUCAAAAACAAGGUGGACAACAAGAAAAAGAGUCCUGGAGGUGGUGGCGGAAAAGGAGGAAAGAAGGGUGGAAAGAAGUGA